AUGCCUACCAUUGCGGUGGACAAGGCAGAGCUGUUCAAAGAGCUAGGGAAGGAGUUCACGACAGAAGAGUUUGACGAGCUAUGUUUCGAGUUCGGCCUCGAGCUCGAUGAGGAUACAUCCCAGACAAAGCGGCCCAUCGUGGACGGCGUAGAAGAGCCCCCGCAGUUGAAGAUAGAAAUACCAGCAAACCGAUAUGACAUGCUUUGCUUCGAGGGCAUCGCCCUUAACCUCAAUGUCUUCUUGGAGAGGACGUCGUUACCAGACUUCCGAGUUGUUGCUCCCCCGAACGGCGAGCUACAAGAGAUCCACGUGAAGGAGGAGACCAUGAGGGUACGGCCCCUGGUGACUGGAGCUGUGCUGAGGAAUAUCGAGUUCACUCAAGCCCGAUAUGACUCUUUCAUAGCCCUACAAGACAAGCUGCAUCAGAAUCUAGCACGGCAACGGACGCUAGUAUCGAUAGGCACACAUGAUCUCGACACAAUCAAAGGACCCUUCACAUACGAGGCCCUACCGCCGGAAGAGAUUGAGUUCGUCCCUCUCAAUCAGGAAAAGAAGAUGAAUGCGAAGGAGCUGAUGACCUUUUACGAGAAAGACAAACACCUCGGCCGCUACCUACAUAUCAUACGGGACUCACCCGUGUAUCCAGUAAUCUACGACUCCAACCGAACCGUGCUUUCGCUCCCCCCAAUCAUCAACGGCGACCACUCCAAGAUCACGCUCGACACCAAGAACAUCUUCAUCGAGGUCACUGCGACCGACAAAACGAAAGUCGAAAUCGUAAUCCGCAUCCUAAUCGCGAUGUUUUCACGCUACUGCGAUGAGCCCUUCACCGUCGAGCCCGUCAAAAUCAUCUCCCCGCACAACCAUGAGAGCCGCGAAACGCCCGACAUGACUCCCCGCGAGAUGCAAGCCGAGAUAUCCUACCUAAACGACGUCUGCGGGCUCGACCUGUCUCCCCAAGAAAUCUGCGACCUGCUAAAGCGCAUGUGCUACCACGCCACCCCGUCCAAGAGCUCACCCGCCCACCUCGACGUCAGCGUCCCCGUCACCCGCGCCGACGUCCUGCACCAGGCCGACAUAAUGGAAGACGUCGCCAUUGCGUACGGCUUCAACAAGCUGCCGCGCUUCUACCCGAACAAGACCGCCGCUGUCGCCGCGCCGCUCAUGAUUAAUAAGCUGGCCGACAUCGUGCGCCUUGAGGCGGCCAUGGCUGGGUGGACGGAGGUCAUGCCGCUAGUGCUGUGCAGCCACGACGAGAACUUCGCGUGGUUGAACCGCAAGGACCACGGGAGUACGGCGGUGCGGCUGCAGAACCCCAAGACGGCGGAGUAUCAGAUCGUCAGGACGAGUUUGCUGCCGGGGCUGCUGAAGACGAUCAGGGAGAACAAGAAGCACAGUGUUCCGAUCAAGGUUUUUGAGGUCGCAGAUGUCACGUUCAAGGAUCUGAGUCUGGAGAGGAAGGCCAGAAACGAACGGCAUUUCGCCGCUGCGUGGUACGCGAAGACGAGCGGGUUUGAGGUCGUGCAUGGGUUACUGGACCGUGUUAUGUUGAUGCUGAAGAGCGCGUUCAUCACCAGGGAGGCGGCAAUCACGGGUGAUGAGACGAUGAAGAAGUUUGGGUACUGGAUCGAGGAGCUGAAUGACUCGACAUAUCUGCCAGGCCACGCCGCGGCUGUGCAUAUCAACCUUGAAGGCAAGGAUCGGGUCAUUGGAGAGCUGGGAAUAUUGCAUCCUACUGUUAUGCAGAGAUACGAGCUUCCGUGA